GACUGGCGCACUCUGUGUCUCUCCCUCCAUUGUGAGCAGAUCAACGAUGCGAUCGGCCUGAACCUCUGCCACUGCCGCCGCCGCCCAGUCCCACAGCCGGCCAGAGCCCCCUUGUCCCUCCCCUCUCUCUCACACCCCUCCCUGGUGAGACCUGCAACAACAACCAUCAAAUCCUCCCCUCAUCCCUUCCACAAUCUCACACUCACUCUCUCCUCCUGCCCAUCCAGACGGUGAAGGUAAAGAAACCAGCCCCGUCCCCCUCCGCCUCCCAGUCCACCUCCACACCCACUGGCUUUGGAUGUGCGAUUAAAAUCCCCGGCGUCUCCAACCGAGGGUUCAGUCCCAGAGAGUGAGUGAGUUGAGUUGAGAAGGCCAGAGCUUGUGCUACUUUCCAGCAGCAACCAUGGGAUGUACAAUGAGCGCCGAGGAGAGGGCAGCCAUGGAGCGGAGCAAAGCCAUCGAGAAAACCAUCAAGGAGGAUGGCAUUAGCGCCGCCAAGGAUGUCAAGCUGCUGCUUCUCGGGGCGGGAGAAUCGGGGAAAAGCACCAUCGUAAAGCAAAUGAAGAUUAUUCAUGAGGAUGGAUUUUCUGGUGACGAUGUGAAGCAGUACAAGCCUGUGGUGUACAGCAACACCAUUCAGUCCCUGGCAGCCAUUGUCCGUGCUAUGGAUACCUUGGGCAUUGAGUAUGGUGACAAGGAGCGGAAGGCUGAUGCUAAAAUGGUGUGUGACGUAGUGAGUCGAAUGGAGGAUACGGAACCAUUCUCUCCAGAGCUGCUGUCUGCCAUGAAGCGACUUUGGACAGAUUCAGGGAUGGUGGAAUGCUUCAGCCGUUCCCGUGAAUACCAGCUUAAUGACUCUGCACAAUAUUACCUAGACAGCUUAGAUCGGAUUGGAAGCAAUGACUACCAGCCAACAGAGCAGGAUAUCCUCCGAACCAGAGUGAAGACCACUGGCAUCGUAGAAACUCAUUUUACGUUCAAAAACCUCCACUUCAGGCUGUUUGAUGUGGGAGGUCAGAGGUCAGAGAGAAAGAAAUGGAUCCACUGCUUCGAAGAUGUGACAGCAAUUAUUUUCUGUGUGGCACUGAGUGGCUAUGACCAGGUGCUCCAUGAGGAUGAGACCACGAAUCGCAUGCAUGAGUCGUUGAAGUUAUUCGACAGUAUCUGUAACAACAAAUGGUUUACAAAUACUUCCGUCAUCCUCUUUCUCAACAAGAAGGACAUAUUUGAGGAAAAAAUUAAGAAAUCUCCACUAACGAUCUGCUUUCCCGAGUACACAGGCCCCAGCAUGUUUGCUGAAGCUGUUUCUUACAUUCAGUCCCAGUACGAGAGCAAGAACAAGUCAGCAAGCAAGGAGAUCUACACACACAUUACCUGUGCCACUGAUACCAAUAACAUCCAGUUUGUUUUUGAUGCAGUAACUGAUGUGAUUAUUGCAAAUAACCUGAGAGGGUGCGGACUGUACUAGAGUCCGUCAGGCACUGUACAGGUGGCAUUUUUGGAGACAAUUCUGCCGCUGAUUUUACUUCAUACUGCAAACAAAACAGCCAAUUUUGCAACUACUGCUGUUCGGGCACUGAGCAGAAUUGGACAGAUUUCGUAUUCCCUUGCAUACACACAUGGGCCAGGCAGACACCCACCCCAACAUGCACUGUGUCCUUGGGGACACAGUUAUAAUGCCACUUUUGCAUUGAUGAUUUUUUUAAUGUACCUCAUUAUAACUCCAGACUUACUGACAUCAGGACAACCAGGAAAUGCGAGGCCCACUCCAGGAGGUUGUCUCGGGUUGGUUGAAGUUUGCAUCAGGUUCAGUAUAACGGCAAUCCUACUGGUCCUGAUCCAUUAACUCAUACACAGCUACUCACAUUGUCAGUCGUUCAUGCAUGCACACCGAGUCUAACACUUAGGAAACGUAUACACAUUGUAACUGCUUAUAUAUUACUCUUUGCGGUCAGUACUGGGUAUCGUCACAUUCUCAUUCUCUCCCUCUGUCUUUAGUUCCUGAUGUUUUCAGUUUGACUAAAUUUAUUUACAGGUUCACGGUGUGUGACAAGUUUCUCUAAAAGAAAUGUUAUAUUUCAGAGUCCAGAGCCUGUCAUACUCAGUUGCACUUCAAUUUGAUGGAGAAACUGUUGUCUUUUAGGUGUCUCUUGAGGUGGUUGGUAAAAUUAGUGAAGAGAUUUGGAAAGAGAUUUCUUAAGGAGUUUCAGCCAUGUGCUGGCAUCGCAGAGCAUAGACUGUGUUGUUUAUCAGUGACUGGACUUGUGUUUCCCAGUCAGCUUGAGGCGCUCCAUGUGGUCCAGUCUGUGUGGGACCCCAACCCAUGCUGCCUGGUCCAUGUAAGAUCCCCGUGUUGCCAGUAUGCAGAAUGAAAUGGCACCUGGUAUUUAUAGGCAGAGUCAGCCUGUAUCGAGACUGUAGGUGAAUGUUGGAACCUUGUAUCUACUGAUGUUUGCUGUAUGCAACACAGUUGAACAACCAGUUGUGUUGAGGCCCAUUUCAAAAACUUAAAUAAUUUGCUGCACUGUGCUUCUUCUUACUUAGAUAAUUUGCUGUACUGUGUCCAUCCUGGUUCUGCAUGUAAAGAUGCAGGCUUUUCUUGCCAGGUGAUCGAAGUGGAAUCAAAAUAUGAAAUGAUAAUCUUUUCAAAUACUUUGUUAUUCUAACUUAUUGAAAGCUAAGUUUGUGUGUGUGCGCACAGGGGAGAUCCACAAAUAUUAAAAAUAUUUAUUGUAGGUCAAACUAUAUACUAAAAACUACAAUAAAUAUUAAAAGCUGAAAUAAUAUUACAGUUGAAUACCAUGGCAUUAAAUAUAAUAAAUGUAAUGUCUGUCCGUUACAAAUAAUUGACCUUCGACAGGAAGUUGAUCAUUAUCAUUGAGUUUGGGAGACUUACUGCUUUGUUGAGUUUUUAACACAAAUUUCCUCCCUUUCACACUCUCUCAGGGCAAGAUUUCAGUAUUUCUGGCAAUGCUCCAUAUGCUGUACACACUGCUUCUGAUUGCAUGCAUGCCCAGAUUGGGCUACUUGCUGUCUGGGAAUGGAAAGAUUCAGAAGUGGCUUUAUUCAAUGUUUUAGAGAAGCUUGGGAUUUGACCCAGUCCCUGUGAGAAUUAACAGGGUACCACACCAAAGUUUGGGCCAGAGAGCUCUGAGUAAGGAAGAGACAAAUUGUGUUUUAUAUUCAAGUUUACACAGAUGUGCUGUUUAUUUUAAGAUGUUUCUUUUGCCUGCUAUAUAAUUCCACCUGGAUGUUUUUUGUUUACUGGAGAGGGGAUACACCGUACAGCACUGUAGGUAACUGGAGCUUUAAGGCCAUAGGAGCAGAAGUAGGCCAUUCGACCCAUCAAGUCUGCUCUGUCAUUCAUUGAAAUCAUGGCCAAUAAUAAUCCUCAACUCCAUGCCCCUGCCAUUACCCCAUAACCCUUGAUUCCCCAAAUGAUUAAAAAUCUAUUCCUGCCUUGAACAUACUUAUGACCCAGCCUCAACAGCCCUCUUUGGUAAAUUAUUCCAUAAAUUCAUGACCCUCAGCACAAAUUGCUCCCAAUUUCUGUCUUAAUGGGUUGACACCUUGCUCUGAGAUUACACUGUCUGAUCCUAGAUCCUCCCACGUAUGGAAACAACGUAUCGGCAUCUACCCUGAAAAGACCCUAAAAAUCUUGUGUGUUUCAAUAGGUCUCCUCUCAUUCUUCUAAACUCCAAUGAGUACAGACCCAAUCUUCUCAACCUCUCCACAUAAGAAAAAACUGAGUGAAACUAUUCAAGGAAGGAGAGAGGCAAAAAGCAAAUAACUACAGGGUGAUUAGCCUAACAUCUAUUGAUGGGGAAGUAUUGGAAUCAGUUAUUAAAGAUGUAAUAGCAGAAUGUUUGGAAAUUUAUAAUGUAAUUAAUCAGUUUUGGCAUGGUUUCAUGAAAUGGAAAUCAUGUCUAACUAAUUUAUUAGAAUAUUUUAGGAAAGUCUCAACCAGAGUGGAUAUAGGGGAACCAAUAGAUGUGUUGUAUUUGGACUUCCAGAAGGUGUUCAACGAGGUACCUCACAAAAGGUUAAAUCACAUGAUAAGAGCCUGGGAUGUUGGAGGUAGUUUAUUGGCAAGGAUAGAGAAUUGAGCUGUAAACAGCAAGUAGAGACAAGGGGUUCUUUUUCAGGUUGGCAACCAUUACCAUUGGAUUCCACAGGGAUCAGUGCUGGGACCGCAACUAUUUCAAUGUACAUUAAUGACUUGGA